UUGUUAUUCUUGAUUUUUUUACGUUAAUUUGCUUUGAUUUAUGUAUGAUUUUAUUGAAUAUGUUGAUUUCAUUAAAUAUUUGAUUGGUGUAUGUUUUUCAACUUUCAGCUCUACAUUAUCUAUGUUGAGUUGUUUUGCAUUAUUGUUGUCAUUUGUUAAUCUUGUGACGAUUUCACAUGUUGACUAGUUUUGUUUAUAUAAGAAUCAUAAAUUCUUGUUUGAGAAAAUCUCACUGUGAAAUGUCUCUCGUAUAUAGACUGAAUAGACCAAGUAAUACAAUUAUUUUGCAUACCUGCUAUUUGUUUUGAGGUCGUUUCACUGAGAGACAAUCUCUCACAAGAGUAGCAAUAACUUUGUUAUUUGACUUUUAUAUAACAAGACCCGCGCACGAAGAGAAUUGAUUGCACACAAACUCGAUGAAACUUCAUCCUAAAACCAAUUGGUGAUAGUAGUAGUAGUCCAUCAAACUUAUAUGCUAAUAUUGGUCAACCUCUCUCAUUCAUCAACGUGAGAUCAUGUGGGUUAUUUUCCAACAAAAAUCACGAUCACAUGUUUCACUAACGUCUUCACGACUCAAAAAAAAAAAUUAUGGUCGAAUUUGGGUUACUUUAAGAUCAUUUUAAGGGAUACAUGAAUUUAAAAAGCUAUUUAACAUUGUCUAUAUAUGGAGAUGGGUGAGAUGUCAAGUUCAUCAAAGCAGAUUAUUGAAGAGCUUCCACCUUUGUUAACUGUCAUAUCAUCUAAGGAAAUACAUGGAUUUGAUACUAUUGAUGCCUUCCCAAGUUCAGAAACUGAAGUUACAAAUGACAAUGCUUCAAAUGAGCAUGAAAGAAUUGAGCCUGUUUCAACAAAAAGCAUACAAUCUCCUAUUGCAAGUCAAUCACAAACUCCAAAAAAGGUUUAUUUUAAUGAUGAUGCCAAAGUUGUUCCACAUGGUUCUCCAUCCUUUGAAUCUACCAUUGAUACCAAAUUCUAUUCCCAACCAAUGACUAGAGCUGCAACAUAUGUUGAGGGUAGUGCCUAUGGACCAUACACCUCCAAGUAUUCAGGGCCACAAGCCCAAAAUCCUCGUAUAGAGCGACUCAAGGAUACAAGGUUCAAUUCUUUCAAAACAUGGUCGGGAAAACUUGAGAGGCAAUUGACACAACUCCGAGGAAACCCAGUUGAGCCUAAGCCAAGUUCUAGGCCUCAGGAUAAAAUACAAGGCGAGGCUUUGCCAGUGCAUCGAUAUUUCGAUGCACUGGAUGGGCCAGAAUUGGACACUCUUAGGCCAUCGGAGGAGUUGAUGCUUCCAAACGACAAGUCUUGGCCUUUCCUUCUACGAUUUCCUAUUGCUUCAUUUGGUAUAUGUCUUGGUGUGAGUAGUCAAGCCAUAUUGUGGAAAACUCUUGCAAACUCGUCCUCCACAACUUUUCUCAAAGUUAGUCCUUGGGUAAACUUUGUCCUAUGGAUCAUUUCCGUGGCCUUAGUAGUUGUCGUUACUCUCAUCUACUCGCUUAAGUUACUCUUCUACUCUGAGGCAGUUAGGCGCGAGUAUUAUCACCCAAUUAGGGUGAAUUUCUUCUUUGCUCCGUUCAUAUCCCUCCUUUUUCUAGCACUUGGUUGCCCACCAUUGGUGACUAAAGACCUUCCCCCAGCUCUGUGGUAUGUUCUUAUGCUUCCAAUCCUCUGCCUCGAGCUUAAGAUCUAUGGCCAAUGGAUGUCAGGAGGGCAACGUAGACUAUCGAAAGUGGCAAGCCCUGUGAACUAUUUGGCUGUCGUUGGAAACUUCGUUGGAGCAUUACUAGGUGCAUCUAUGGGGCUUAAGGAAGGUCCAAUAUUUUUCUUCGCAGUUGGCUUAGCUCACUACUUGGUUUUAUUUGUUACUCUUUACCAACGACUUCCUACAAACAACACGCUUCCUAAAGAACUACACCCAGUGUUUUUCCUCUUCAUCGCAGCACCUAGUGUUGCAUCGAUGGCUUGGGCAAGGAUCGAAGGCUCUUUCAGUUAUGUCUCUCGGGUUGCUUACUUCAUUGCCUUAUUCCUAUUAUGUUCAUUGGUCGUUCGGAUCAAUUUCUUUCGAGGAUUCAAAUUCUCAAUAUCAUGGUGGGCGUACACUUUCCCUAUGACCGCGAUAGCCAUUGCAACUAUUAGAUACUCGAACGAAGUCACAAAUUGGAUGACAAAAGCCUUGUCCAUUGUACUAACUGUUCUUUCUAUACUCAUAGUUGCAGCCUUGCUUGUGUCAACUCUCCUACACGCCUUUGUAUUCCGAAAUCUGUUCCCUAAUGACAUAGCAAUUGCCAUCAGUGACAGGCCACCUAAGGCGCGUACAAGGUGGUUUCGUCACUUUAGACAUGGUAGUGCAGAGAAUAGUGAAAUUGAACGGUACUUGAAGUUUGUUAACUGUGAAGGACACGAUUUAGAAUCUUCGGAUGGGCCUUCGAUCACCAAUGAGAAGGCUAAGUCUGAGUCGGUUUGAGUGCAGAAAUGUUACGAGUAUUUUGAUCGAAGGAGGAGAGCCGAUGAAUUCUAUAUCACACAGAAGAAUGAAGAUUCAGAGUGAGGCUUCAGAAUGUUUGUAUAGGAGAUAUGUAUGUGUAUGUGUUGGUUUUGUUUGUUGAUAGAUUAUAAAAUAAAUUGAGUUUGUACACAUUUACAGAAAGUUUGAGGUUUAUGAAAAGGGGUGAGGUUUUGUGAAUGAUUUUGUUCCUUUACUUAAUGUAGAGUCUUUGUUCUUGUAUCAAUUUGUUCAUGUUUGUACCACUUAGUGAAUGAACACCUCAUUUCACUUGCAAUAAGUUUUCAAGAAAUCAUACAAAAUAUAAUCUUAUUAGUGUAGAAAUUUGUGCAAUGCAAAGAAUUCUAAA